UAUCUCCGCUAGCCAUCGCUGACGCCGACGAAGGGACAAAACGUCACCGAUGCUGUGAAUAUAAAUAGGAACCUGCCUUCUCCACGAGCGGUACACUCACGCACCGGCAUUCUCUACUAUCUUCUCACCAUCAAGCAUGUCCCAGUCGUUGCGCCUUGAUAAACUAUUUGGCGUCCAUGGGCGCAUUGCCCUUGUCACUGGCGGUGGUACCGGUCUCGGAUGGAUGAUCGCUGAAGGGCUCGCCGUGAAUGGCGCACGUGUGUACAUCACUGGCCGCCGCAAGGACGUCCUGGAACAGUCUGCUGCCAAGUUCACGCAAAAGCACAAAGGAGAUGGCUCUGUUAUACCGCUGGUCAUGGACGUCACCGACAAGGCGAGCAUCUUGGCCGCCCAUGAAGUCAUCAAGGCGAAGGAGGGAAAGCUGCAUAUCCUCGUCAACAAUGCGGGUAUCGCUGGCCCAUUCGCGUCGUUCUUCAAUGACAUGAGUGCGCCGCAACACAAAGAUGCGGAGACGCUCGGGCGUGCACUGUUUGACAGUGCGUCCUUCGAUGACUGGGCCGACGUCUACACCGUGAAUACAUUCUCCGUAUACUUCGUAACGACCGCGUUUCUCGGCUUGUUGGCGAGAGGCAGCCAGGACGUCCCAGGAUACACUUCUUCCGUGAUCAACCUUGGCAGUAUCAGCGGCAAUACAAGCUGGCGCAGAACAAGUCCUUUCGCGUACAAUUCGACGAAAGGAGCUGUCACCCACUUGACGAAGAUGCUCGCCACUGAGCUCGCGCUGAAGAAGAUACCCGUACGUGUCUGCAGCGUCGCACCUGGCGUUUUCCCAUCCGAAAUGACCGGCGGGGAGGUGACGCCGGACCUGGUGGAGAAGCAUGCAAAUGGUAUUGUACCCGUACCGAUGGGGAGGGCUGGAACAGCUCAAGAGAUGGCGGGAACCGUGAUAUACCUUGUGUCUCCUGCUGGGUGCUACACGACUGGGGAAGAGAUAUUGACCGACGGCGGAUACAUUGCCGUGAAUCCUUCUAUGCGAUAGGCGGUGGUGGGCUCGGAGGUGCUCUGGAAUUAGAUACGGACGCCUGUGAUCCAACAUUUCAAUAUCAGUGCGCGACAGUACAGUAGCUAUCCGACUGCUGAGUUUGUGCAGUACAGUGGACUAAAAGUUUUGUUUGGGUUGAGCCACACAGACACGGCAAAACCUCCUGAUACUCGUCUCGACGUACUUACGCAUGUUCAUGAAGUGAUAUGUCAGAAUUGAAGCUCUGCACAUCGG